AUGCGCGAAUUGAUUUUUAACGAGCUAAUAACGAGUACAGCAAUCCUCAACGAGGCUUGCUCAACCCCUCACACCACUCUUCACUUUCUUAUUUGCCUACGACUCCUCAUUAACCUCUCUCUUUUUUCUCUCUCUUUCUAUCUCCCUCUCUCUCUCGUUUGUUUCUCUCUUUCUCUCUCUCUCUCACUCUCUCGUUUCUUUCUUUCUUUCUCUUUCUCUCUUUCUUUCCUUUCUCUCUCUAUAUUUUCUCUCUCUUUCUCUCUCUCGUUUGUUUCUCUCUCUCUUUCACUCUCACGUUUCUUUCUAUCCCUCUUUCUUUCUUUCUCUUUUUCUCCCUCUUUCUCUCUCUCUCUUUCGUUUCUUUCUCUCUCUCUUUCACUCUCUCGUUUCUUUCUUUCUUUCUUUCUUUCUUUCUUUCUUUCUUUCUUUAGUUUCUUUCUCUCUCUCUUUCUCUUCUUUCUUUCUUUCUUUCUUUCUUUAUUUAUUUAUUUAUUUUUCUCUUUUUCUCUCUCUCGUUUGUUUCUCUCUCUUUCUCUCUCUCUCAUUGCCUCUCUCCUUUCUUUCUCCCUUCCUUUCUCUCUUUCUCUCUCGCUUCUUUUCUUUCUUUUUUUCUCAUUUAAUUUUUCUUCCUUACUUUCUUCUUUUUCUUUUUUUCUUACUUUCUUCUUUCUUUCUUUUUUCCGUUUUCACAUUAUUUUCUUUUUUCUUCACUUUUUUUUUGUUCGCUUCUCUUCUUUUUCUUUUUGUUUUCUCUUUAUUUCUUUCUGCCACUCCAUAAACCUAUCUUAA